GUCUGGUGUCUGUCUGUCUUCGUACUGUCUGCAUCUUCUUUCAAUGCAAAACACUUACUGUUAUCAUUGAUUCGCCCCAACUUAGGUUUUCUCUAAACAACGACUUGCGUCCAAUUUUAUUCAUAAACGCAAGAACUUUAUAUUUUUUACUGCAAUUUGUGGACUGAACCGGUGUAGUGUAAGUUCUGCUGCUGAAGAAGUGGCGUGAAGUGUCAGUUCUCUUGCAGCUGCGUUUUGGAAUGCAAUUACACUAUAAAUACGACAGCAAAUGUCUUAGGGAGUAUGGAAACCGCACCUUUUCAGAUGACACCGAGUCGCCCCAUGUAAACAUUCGGUCGUGACGUUCGUGUGAACGCAAAGGGCCUGUCCAGUGUGUCAACAUGGCCGGUAUCGGUGCUGGUCGGCACCAGGCCAGUCUCCUCUUGCUUUUCUGCUUCGUCUGUGGCUCACUCGGUACUGCUGACUUCUGGAGCGACAGCAGCAGUGGCAGCCGGUCUGAGAGGCCGCUGCAUUGGUUCUUUGAAAGGAACGGCGAAGAGCCCCGGCCGGCCAGCGAGUCCGUCGGCGUCGCCUCCCCGAGCUCGCUAACCCUAGUUAGGCAUGUCAGGAGUGCCAUUCCCACAGGCCUCCUGGCAGCGUCUCCGCAAUGCGCCCAAGACUUGAAGUCACUUUGCCCUAAAUUCGGACCUGACACGGACGACCUCUCUGUUCUGGAGUGUCUACUGGCGAAGAUUCCGGCCACAGUUUCCAUUGACUGUCAGCAUGUUGUUCACAGUCGGGUCAUGAAGAUAAUGAAUAAUAAAAAUCUGGAAGAGGCUGCUGAGCCUGUCUGUAAACAAGACGUACCCAAACUAAACUGUCCCCAUACAGAUCAAACUGGGCAGCUGUUGUCUUGUGUUUUGGACCAUAUUGAAGAUAUAAACUCACAGUGUCAAGCUUUUUUCCAACGUGUUGAACGAGUUGCAUUUGGAGACUUUCGGGUAUUUUCAAAGUUUAUGACAGACUGUGCAGAUGAUAUUGAGAUUCAAAAAUGUGGCCGUCUACAAACAGACUCAGAGUUACCCUCUCAACAAGGCACUUUAAACUGCCUACAAGGAGUCAUUGAUAACCUAUCUACCACUUGUAGACAUGAAGUUCUACAUUUGUCAGUCUUUCAAGGAGAUAAUAUUCAUCUUGAUCGUAAACUUAGUGCUGCUUGUUCUGAUGACCAGAGGAGAUUUUGUCCAGAUGUUCAACCUGGUUCAGGAAAAGUCUAUAAAUGCUUGCUUCAUUAUCGACUGGAUCGUUCCAUGUCACAGGCAUGUCAAGACCAAUUAGGAAAGUAUCAAAAAUUGAUUUCUCAAAACUAUCGAGUUAGUCGUGGGUUAGUGAGGGCAUGUAAAGAUGAUAUUCGGAUGUAUCAUUGCCGAAGAGCCCCACCAGAUGACAAGGACAUUCGUCUGGCCAAGAUACUCCUUUGCCUUGAAGGCUUCAUUCGAAAUGGAUCCAAAGUAUCAAGAGAUUGUCAAAUGGAAAUGAUGGAACACAGGAAAAUGCUUAUGGAAGAUUAUAGACUAUCACCUGAAAUUGUCACUGGCUGCUCAGAAGAUAUUAAAAAGUACUGUAACAGCCUUGAAGCUGGAGGCAAGACAAUCCAUUGCCUGAUGGAACAUGCAAGGCCGAAACGCAGACGAGAUAAAGUUUCUGCACAGUGUCAACGAGCACUUGAAGGUCUGGUAAAAGAGGUAGAUGCCGGAGAAGAUUGGAGAGUGGACCCUGUUUUACGUGAAGCAUGUAAACCAGUAGUUGAUGUGGCAUGUCAGGAAGUUCGAGGAGGAGAUGCAAGGGUCAUGAACUGUUUGAUGGACAAACUAGGAACGCCUCAAAUGACUGAGGCUUGUGAAUCAGCUCUUCUUCAGAUUCAGUACUUUGUGGCACGAGACUUCAAACUAGAUCCUCAACUUUACAAGCAAUGCCGUGAUGAUGCGGUGCACUUAUGUCAUGCCAAAAAAGUUUGGUAUGAUGACUCAGGACAAAUGGACCCUGAACGUGGUCCUCUUGUUUUGCCAUGUUUGUACCGCAAUGCUUAUCAGAGCCAAAAAGAUCAAGGAGAAAGAAAGUUGAAAAAACAAUGUUUAGAGGAGGUACGAAGAGUCAUGCAGCAAAGAGCAAUGAGCGUAGAUCUUCUUCCUGAUGUAGAAGAAGCUUGCUUAGAUGAUUUAGCAACAUAUUGCUUUGAAAAAACAGGAAGGGGUCAGGAAACAUUAUGUCUCCAAGAUAACCUUGAAAAAUUGCGUCCCCAUUGUCGUGAAGUCAUCAGUAAUUUUACUGAGACCCAAGCAGCUCAUGUAGAUCUUAACCCUGUGGUUGCUACUGCUUGUAAAGCUAUCAUGCAAAGGCAUUGUGAGGCUGAGUGGAGGAGUGGAAGAGAUGAAGGUGAUAUGAUGGAUUGCCUGAUUAAACAUAAAAAUGAAAUGGAUGUUCGAGAAGACUAUAAAUGCCGUGCUGCUAUUGAACAUUUUCAAUUAAUUUCCAUCAAGAAUUAUCACUUUACUUACAAGUUUAAAGAAGCUUGUCGGAGUUUUGUAAUACGCUUCUGCCCUUCAUCAAAAACAAAAUAUGAUGUUGUUUCCUGCUUGAGUGAAGUUGUGCGAAAUGAUACCAUAAACGAAUCACGUCAUAGUAUUCCAAAGGAAUGUAGACAGCAGCUGAAAGCGCAGCUGUUUCAACAGAGGGAGAACCUAGACUAUGAUCCAAAACUGAAAAAGGCUUGUUCUGAUGACAUUGCUAAAGUUUGUUCUAAUGUACCAUCAGGAGCAGGAAAGUUAUUAGAAUGCUUGCGCAUAAAUCGUAAAUUUCUCAAUAAUGAGUGCCACAAAGCAGUUUUUAAAAUUGAACAAGAACUGGCUUACAACUCUGUGGAUUAUUCUCUCACAAUCAAUUGCAAAAGCAUGAUAAACACAUUCUGCCUCCAUGAGCCCGAGCAGCGCAUUCUGAACUGUCUCAAGCAACACCGAGAUGAUGCCGUAUUUAAUGAGGACUGUAGGAAGAUAGUUAUUCAUCGAAUGAUAGAGCAAAACACUGAUUAUCGCCUUAAUCCUGAUUUGAGAAAAUCAUGUCAACCAGACAUUAAAAAGUUCUGUAAAAAUGUAAUUCUUGAAGCUAAUCCAGAUGAAGAGCUUGAUGGCAAAGUCAUAAAUUGUUUAAAGGUCAAGUUCCGAGCUGCUAAGCUACGUAAAGAAUGUGAAAAUGAGAUGGAACUAGUCUUACGAGAUGCAGCUUUAAACUACCAACUAAAUCCUCUUCUCAGCCGCAUGUGUGAAAAUGAUAUAAAGCAGCUUUGUGGAACAAAGUCAGAACAGGAAUCUGAGGGGUAUGCUCAAGGUGCUGUUGAAGAAUGUUUGAAAGACGCUUUACGCAAUGGUCAAAUUAUUGAUAAGGCUUGUCGCAUUGAAAUUCUUUCUCUUAUUGACGAGGGCCAUGUUGACAUUCAUGUUGACCCUCUUCUGUACAAGGCAUGUGCUCUUGAUUUAAGGAAAUUUUGUUCAGAUACAGAACAAGGUGCCGGAAGAUUGAUCCAAUGCCUGACCCUUCAACUACCAGUUGCUACAAGCCCUCUUCAACAAGAUUGCCGCGAUAAAUUAUCUCAAAGGCUGGAACUAUUCAGCUUUGCAAAGAAGGAGGCUGCCAUUAGCAUGCCUCGAACUAUGGGUGAACUUUAUCACCAUGUCCAAACGUCUCCAUCUAGUAGUUACUUUAUGUUAGUGUUUGCUAUUGUUGUAGGCGUUACAUUUAUGUGUGGUACAUUUUUUGGUAGAGUUACAAACCGAAGAAUGGCUCACAAAAAUAAAUAAACAGGUUUAGUUAUCAAUUCUUGUUUCCCUCCGGGAGCUGAGCAAAUGUGUAUUUUGUCAAUGACAGUGUAAUUAAAUUUGAAAGCCUUUUUUAGAAUUCAAAAACAUGUAACAAAAGUUGAACAUCUAACUUGAAAUUGAAAUUCUGUUUAGUGUCAACUGCAUGCUUUUCCUAUUUUUGUAUACCGGAAUAGUGUCCAUUUCCUGAUAAGUUCUGUGAGUAGGUUAUUGAAAAUUGCAUCCACUUGUGUAGUGUUUUAAUUUGUGAGGUUCCAAUUCAUUUAUUUCUAACCAGCCUUUCAAAAGAUCUCCUGUUUGUUAAAUAAAAUUUUGUGAUAGUAUACACUUAAAGGAUUCUUCUUUGUAACAAAAUUACUUAAUUUUUUGUUAGUCAUGUCUGUAACUUAACAGUUAGCUAUUAACUCCUUCAAAGUCGGCCCUCAUUUUUGUCAACUGAUUUCAUUUCUGAAUACUUUAUAUCACUAGUACACAUUGCACAGCAUUCCAUGGAACAGAGAUGCUUAAUGUCAAGUUCAAUUUAAUUCUGGUUUCCUUUUUACAGAUUUCUGGUUUGUGCUGCCUUUGAAUUUUUAGUUGGGCCGGUGUUAUAAUUGUGCCAUAAAUAUUUUAUCUUUUUGUUUGUGUGUUUGGUGGGGGCAAGGAGCUAAGGCUCGUCAUGAGUUUUGUAUUACUACCGACUCCCAUUUGAAGUUUGUGUGUGUGCAUGUGUGUGUGUUUUUUCCCUUUUAAAUCUCUUAUCUUGCCUGUGUUUUGUUUGUUGUGUUGUCUUGGUUUAUUGCAACUGCUCUCAUUAAUGAGUGAAUGAUUUUGAGCUCAAAAUUUAGUUGCUUCAUAUUUUUUAGUAAUCUAACAAACAACAUCAAAAAAUCUGAAAGCCUGAACCAUGUGGGACCACCAUAUUCCAAGUUUCACUUUUGUUAGCUUGGUCAAAUGCUCAAUUUUGGGAAUGUUGCCUUUUCCUAAAAUCUUCUUUAUUGGUUCUUUUAAUCCGUCUGUGUAGCAAACCUUAACAUAUGGCAUGAAUGAGGUUUUGUUUUUAAAAUUAUUCAAACUGUUUACUUUAGGAUUUAAAUUGUGAUUCUAGAAAUAUAAGUUAUUAACGCUUGCAAUUGUUUGGUAAGUUUUAACAAUUUAUUCAAACAUAACUUGCACGUACAUGUUUAGAUGUGGGCUGGUGGUUUACCAUCAUGUUUGAAAAUAAGUAAUUUGCUUCCAGGUUUGUUAUUUUUCCUAGUUGAUUAAGAUUGCACUGUUUUAGUAGGUGUUUGAUAUAGAGUUUACAGACAACUUCUAUUCGUAUUCGGCACUUGUCCAAUCUAAGACUGAUGUAAUUGAUAAGCUUGGGUUAAGAAUAGGUUCAGAAAGCGCUCCCCUACUAAAUGAUGAUAAACUUCUGACCAUAAUGUUUGAGCUUAAUGGCAGUUAUUCUAUCUGUUAACUUAUUCUUCAGAAGAAUUUUAAUGUGGAGUCACUUUCCUAGUUGAUGUAGUAGAGCAUUUUUACACAAAGCACUCAUUACUCAUUUUACUGUAAAACUGUAUGUAUGUAUAUUAAUUUCAUGUGUAUGGCACUUUGCUUCUGCAUGGUAAUUGAGACUGUGAUGUGAUUAAAAUGGUUUUAAACUGGUCAA